AUGGGGCUGUUUGGUAUUCUACAUUGGGCGGCGCUUACCAGGCGACAGACGUUCUUUUAUAUCGUUUCGUGGUUCAUCACAUCUAUUACGCUUCUCAUUCUGGAACUCAAGUACCUUCCUCAGGUGUUCAGAGAGAUGGACCUCCUAUGGAGUGGCUUCGUGUUCCACACGCCGGGUUGCAAGAUGCCCUUCUACGAUCCCUACCACUGGACCAUCAAGCACAGCGCGCUGAAGACGACGUACAAUUACGAUAACUACUGCGCUUACGCCACGCGGCCAAACGCGGUGCGCCAGGCUCUCGACGUAUUCACCUUGGACGAAAACGUGCUCGAGGGACAUUACAAUGCGUCCGUGAACGAAACCGACUGCUACUAUCAGGUAGUGCUCAGAAAUAUGACGGCUUCGGUCCCCGACGCGGAGCCAGUGCUCGGACCUCGAGUGCGCGUCGUCUUCGGCAGGCCUCUGCGACAAGAGUACAUCCGGAUAUCUUGCGAAGCGAACGGUGAGCCCCUGUUCUCCGACUACUUCUUCGUUCCAGUCGAUAAGCGAGACGCCGGCGAAGCGCGUUCGCGGGGCCAGCUCAACGUUCUCAUCCUGGGCGUUGACUCGACGUCACGGCUCAACUUCCACCGGCGAAUGUCCAGGACUCGCCGGCUUCUGGUCGACGAACGCGGCGCCUACGAGUUCCUCGUGUACAACAAAGUCGGCCUCAACUCGUUUCCAAACCUCAUUCCGCUGCUGACGGGCCUGUCGAGCGCGGACGUGACCAGCCUGUUCAGGAACAAUCACUACGACAGUCUGCCGGCCAUCUGGAAGGUGUACAAGUCGCUCGGCUACGCGACGUUGUAUCUCGAGGAAAUGCCUGACUGGGGCAUCUUCGCGGGCGCCUACGGCUUCAAAGAGGCGCCUACCGAUUACUACACGCAUCCCAUGAUGCUCCUGAUGGAUAAAAACACCUCGGACCCCGUCAGGUGCAUGGGUGGCCGUCUGAAGACGAAGGAAGUGCUAAGGUACGUCGCUGACAUACUCAAGUUUCACAAGGAUCGGAGGCUGUUUGCUUACGUGUGGCUGUCGUACAUGUCACACGACAGCGUCGACCACGUAGCGUACAUGGACGCACCGUUGGAGCGGUUCUUCAAGGAACUCUCGGCUAGUGGCGUUAUGGACAGCACAGCCGUGCUGUUCCUCAGCGAUCACGGUAUGCGGCAGGGGGCCUUCCGCAUGACAGAGAUAGGCCGGCACGAAGACAAGACGCCCUUCGGUCUUUGGGUCUUCCCUCGACGCUUCCUCAGCGAACACCCCGAAGUCGCCGUGUUUCUGGAGGUCAACCAGCGCCGCCUGGUGACCACGUACGAUUUCCACGCGACGCUUCUGAGCAUCGCCUCUCUGCCAGAAUUAAGCGCGCUGCCGUCGAACAAGGGUUUAAGCCUGUUCGGGCCAGUUCCACCGGAAAGGACUUGCGAAGACGCCUUUGUACCGCAAGCCUUCUGCGCCUGCAUCGGUACGGAGAAGAAGCUCGACGACGCGUCGAUGAGCCAGUCCUUCGCGCUCUUCGCCGUAGCCCAUAUGAACGCUCUGGCGGAGGCCUAUUUUCCAGGCAAGUGUGCCACAUGGAGUUUGGAUAGCGUUAAUGGAGCAACUGUUUUCGGAGGCAGCGUGGCGGGCAAGGUGCUGAUCCGCGUCUCACUUAAAACGCUGCCCGAAGCCUAUUUCGACGUCUACGGCGGCGUUCGCAACGCCUCGUCCUGGGAGAAGCACGUCGACUUUGUCGACCGCACUGACAGUUACGCGAACAAGACUGCUUGCCUGGAGAAGAGUUCUUGGCAGAAGGUUUGCAACUGCAAAGACCAGACGUGA